AUGAGCUCGAGCGAAGAAACGAAAGAAAAGAUCGAAGUUCAGAACGAACAAGUGGAAAUCGUUCCAUAUACCUGUUUCACUAGGGGCCAAAUAUUUUUAAUAUUCGCCAUUGUUAUAUAUAUAGGGUUUCUUGGACCCAUGUCCGGUAACAUUUACAUUCCAGCACUUCCAUUACUACAAAAUGAAUUUAAAGUCAACAGUACUACGAUCAAUGCAACGGUUUCUGUAUUUAUGGCUGUUUUUUCUGUAGGUCCAUUAUUCUGGGGUCUCUUUGCAGACUUUGGAGGAAGAAAAAUACUCUACAUCAUAUCAAUUAGUAUUAUGAUUGCAGCUAACGUCAUUUUAGCCGCUGUACCUUCUCACAUUGGUGCCUUGUUUGCAAUGAGAGUGGUCCAAGCAUUUGGAUCCAGUUCGGUUAUUACACUGGGAGCUGGUACUGUAACAGAUAUCACACCACCAAAACAUAGAGGGAAAGCCAUUGCUUACUUUAUGAUGGGCCCCAACAUUGGUCCAGUCAUUGCGCCUAUCAUUGCCGGUUUAAUUUUAAUGAAGGGUGAUUACUGGAGAUGGUUGUUCGGAUUUACUGCAAUAAUGUCUGGAAUUGGGCUCUUCGCAAUUAUUAUAUUUUUGCCGGAGACUUUAAGGUGCAUUGUAGGAAAUUACGACCCACGAUGGAGAAAGACAGAAUACUUAGCUGUCACCACUGAAAAAGUGGAAGAUAUCGAGUUAGUCUCAGAACAACCAACCACCAGGAGACCCAGCUGGCCCUUCUUCAGUGACAUUGGUUUACAAAAACCUCGAAGCACAAGCGAUGAAUUUAAAACAAGGUAUCCUAAACCACCAAAAACGGGGCUAAAGACAUAUUGGCAAUUAAUUAAAUGCCCUCCUGUCUUGAUUGCGUCCGUUAGUACAUCUUUAUUAUUUACCAAUUAUUAUGCCUUCAGUGUGUCAUUUGCCCAUUAUUUAGCAAGAGAUUAUCACUUAUCUCCCUUGAAGAUUGGUGCUUGUUAUGUUUGCCCAGGGAUCUCAAUGUUGGUUGGAUCACAAGUAGGUGGUCACCUUUCUGAUUACUUACGUUCCAGGUGGUUAAAGAGACACGAAGCUGAAACAUUCCCUUUAGAAUAUAGACUAGUAUUACAUAUAUUUGGAAUACUAAUGAAUACUGCAGGUUGUAUUGGAUUUGGUUUCUCGAUCUCAUUUCAUUAUCAUUUGGCGUUGAUUUUGAUGUUUUCCGGGUUGAUGGCUUUUGGGAUGACAUGGUGUAGUAAUACAACUAUGACAUACUUAACUGAAUUGAUGACUAACAAAGCAGCUGCUACGAUUGCCCUCAGUAGUUUCUUCAGAAACGUCGGUGCGGCGAUUAGUUCAGCUAUAAUUAUUACUUUAUGUGAUCAAAUGGGUGUUGGAUGGUGUUUCAUGGGGCUGGGGUUAGUUAAUAUAAUGUCUCUUGUCCUAAUCAUUUAUCUAAUCUGUACAGGAAAAGGAAGGCAACGCAAAAGAUGA